UCCGUCUCCUCUGGUAGGUUCCACAAUGGUACAGGCAGCAUCACGCUGCACAAUGGUUUCCAGGCAGUGAAAGAGGGUGAUUCAGCAAGCCACUCUUCUUCUUCUUUUUUUUUUUUAAGCCUCCCCUUCUCUUUUUAUUUUUAUGGGGGUUGGUGGUGCUUGUUGUAUGCUUACCUUUUUCUUUUCUUUUUUCAUUUUUACAAUUUUUCGUUUUUCUCCUCACCCCUCAAUUCCUAGGGGCUUGAGUGACUUUAAGGUUGGGUUUUCUUGGAAAUCACCUGUCCAUCAUUAAUUUUAAGCAAUUUCCCCACCUCCAAAAAAUCUGUUCCUUAUUACAAUUUGGAAUGUGGUUAAUGAAAAACAAGUAGGGAGGAUUUCUGGGGCAAACACUGCUGGAUCAGGAUCGUAGUUCUCAAGCACGGAAUGGCUAGCAUGAGAAACACCAACGGCAGGACCAUCUCAGAUCUUCGUUAUGGCAACUCAUGCAAGGAGCUGUUGAAUUAGACCCGUUUCCUAUAGAUGAGAAAUCGUAUAAGCAGUGGUAUUUAUGAGCCUCCAUUUAUUGUACUACUGCAGUGAACCAACCUUCGAUGUGAAAAUUGCCUUUUGUCAGGGAUUCCAUAAACAAGUGGAUGUGUCAUAUAUUGCCAAACAUUACAACAUGAGCAAAAGCAAAGUUGACAACCAGUUCUACAGCGUGGAAGUGGGAGACUCAACCUUCACCGUUCUCAAGCGCUACCAGAAUCUAAAGCCUAUUGGCUCUGGCGCUCAGGGAAUAGUUUGUGCUGCGUAUGAUGCUGUUCUGGACAGAAAUGUGGCCAUUAAGAAGCUCAGCAGACCCUUUCAGAACCAAACACAUGCCAAGAGAGCUUACCGGGAGCUGGUCCUCAUGAAGUGUGUGAAUCAUAAAAAUAUUAUUAGUUUAUUAAAUGUCUUCACACCCCAGAAAACACUGGAGGAGUUCCAGGAUGUUUACUUAGUAAUGGAACUGAUGGACGCUAACUUGUGUCAGGUGAUUCAGAUGGAAUUAGACCAUGAGCGAAUGUCUUACCUGCUAUACCAAAUGUUGUGUGGCAUCAAGCACCUCCACUCUGCUGGCAUUAUUCACAGGGAUUUAAAACCAAGUAACAUUGUAGUGAAGUCUGAUUGUACAUUGAAAAUCCUCGACUUUGGACUGGCCAGGACGGCAGGCACCAGCUUCAUGAUGACUCCUUAUGUGGUGACCCGUUAUUACAGAGCCCCCGAGGUCAUCCUGGGGAUGGGUUACAAGGAGAAUGUGGAUAUAUGGUCUGUGGGAUGCAUUAUGGGAGAAAUGGUUCGCCACAAAAUCCUCUUUCCAGGAAGGGACUAUAUUGACCAGUGGAACAAGGUAAUUGAACAACUAGGAACACCCUGUCCGGAAUUCAUGAAGAAAUUGCAACCCACAGUACGAAACUAUGUGGAGAAUCGGCCCAAGUAUGCAGGACUCACCUUCCCCAAGCUCUUUCCAGAUUCCCUCUUCCCAGCGGACUCCGAGCACAAUAAACUCAAAGCCAGCCAAGCCAGGGACUUGUUGUCAAAGAUGCUAGUGAUUGACCCAGCAAAAAGGAUAUCUGUGGACGACGCCUUACAGCAUCCAUACAUCAAUGUGUGGUACGACCCUGCCGAAGUGGAGGCGCCUCCACCUCAGAUAUAUGACAAACAGUUGGAUGAAAGAGAACACACCAUUGAAGAAUGGAAAGAACUUAUCUACAAGGAAGUAAUGAAUUCAGAAGAGAAGACUAAAAAUGGUGUUGUAAAAGGACAACCUUCUCCUUCAGGAAAAAAGAUGUGGAAUGAAUCCAUCAAUUCUUCAUAGUGAUACUACUCUUUGAAUAACUAGUUUGCAUCCACAACCACUAUGAUACUCAAACAGACGCAAUUCAGUCAUGACAUGUUUUCCUCACCCCUGGACUUGAAGAAAUGUCCAUUUCUAUCCCAAGUCUUUCCUCUCUUCGAAGAGUGUUAAGGGAAUCAUUGAUUGCCUUGUCCACCCUGUUAAUUCGUCCUAGCAUCCAGAUUGAUGCAAGUCUGCAGAAGCUGGUCUAACUCACCUGCGUGUUCUAUUUGCUGCUGCUUAAAGAACCCGAGGACUGAAUCCAACAGCCUCAAGAUGCUACCUGCUAAGACAGAAAGACUUCUUGUCUUAAGAAUUCCCAUAAUGGCCAGAACAUAUUUUCUUGUAAUCAUCAAGAAGCUGAAAUACCAGGAUCCAGCGGAGGGUGACCUAGCACCUCAGGCUGACAUCGGAUAAAUUUUAGCAGAGUCUCUUCUACUCAUCUUUAGUUCAAGUUAUCAUUAAUUAAUUUCCUUUCCUUUUUUCAAAGAGCUCAGAAUCAUGCCAGCAUAUCCCAUUUUCUUCUUGUUUCCUCCUCCAUUUUCUCCUCAGCCCUAACCAAGUCUCUGCACAGCUAAUCUGUGAGGACAUAAAAUCUACAAUUCUCUUUUCAAUACUUUCACAAUGCUUCUACAAAAAUCUUCUUAUUCCCAUGAUUCAUUUUAUGCAAACUGUAUGGCUCAGGGAAGGCAAAAUGGGACUGGGGAUGGUACAAGUGAGAUUAAUUAAUCAUUAAAGUGUUGGAAUGGGUAGUCUGCCAUAUGAAGAAAGAUUUAAAUAUUUGGUAAAGGAACAAAGUUUGCAUAUAAUCAAGGCAUAAUUCUUUAAUCAUUAAAACCAUAAUUCUUAUGCAAAAAGAAACUGAGAACAUGUAGAAGUUUCUUUUAAUCCGUUAAUGAAGGAAAUGGCAGAAUGACAAAGGUAGUUCAAUGAAGAUAUGAAAAAUGAGGAUUUAUGUAGUCUGUGGAAAAAAGCAUACUGAAAUCAGAUCAUUAAAUUAAAUCAAAACUUGUAAAUGCUCUUUAGGGCAACCAAACCUAUCUUUGUGGUUAUCUUUUCUACUAGGCAGCAAAAAACAUUAUUUUACUUUAUCAGUUUUCUGCAAGUUUACAGUGUUGUAAAGUAUCUGGACCCUAAUCAACUGUGCACAUUAAAUCAAAUGAAGUUAUGUUCCACAGAACAGUUAGAUGACCCUUCGGUGGGCUUGUUAGAAAAUGUUCAAGCAUGAUAUUAAAAAGUUGUAUAGUCAUUUUUUUGCCCUAACACAAGUGUUGGAUAAUUUUCUUGAAUAGUGUUGAAGGUUAUUGAUAUAUACAAUUUCUGCACACUAUGAAUAGGCAGACACCAGUCUUGACCAAGCAAAUCUUUUUAAGUUUGCAAGAAAUACAUUUAAGGUGAAUAAAGCCAAAGCCUACUUUA